AUUAAAACAAGCCAGGAAUGAACCCCAGCCAGAAAGCCCAAGAAAUAGUAGACGAAUUCAAUAAGGAAUACCUUCCUCUGCAGAGACAGUUUAAAAUCAAGAUGCUCAAGUGUCAGAUAAACCAUCUGGAGGAUAAGGCUUUGAAUGAAGACGAUGCAGAGAAAAGAGCAUUCGAAUGUUUUAACCCCAUGAAGUCACUUAGAGAGCAAGCUCAGGCUUAUAUCACAACGUAUUCGAGUGGACUAGUGGAGUGUCUUAAGAAAGCACAUGAAGAGAAUGAGCAGCCACAACCCUGUAUUGAUCAGUUUAGAGAAGGAUUAUACUCGAAUAAAAGCCAAAUCGAGCAAAUUUAUAGAGAUCAUAUGAACAUGUUGUAAUUUGGGAUAUACUCUUGGCUGCCAAUGAACUUCAAUUAGAGGACGGAUAUAUCUAUUUU